CGAGAUUCCGCGAGAUGUUAAGUUGAAGAAACAUGGCGACGUCGAAUUUGAUAAAGAACAAGGGCUCCCUGCAGUUUGAGGACAAGUGGGAGCUGAUGCGACCCAUCGUGCUCAAGCUGCUCAGACAGGAGGCCGUCACCAAGCAGCAGUGGUUCGACUUGUUCUCGGAUGUUCAUGCUGUGUGUCUAUGGGACGACAAGGGACCGGCCAAGAUCCACCAGGCUCUCAAAGAGGACAUCCUGGACUUCAUCAAACAAGCACAGGCUCGGGUGCUGAGCCACCAGGACGACACAGCGCUGCUCAAAGCCUACAUCAUCGAGUGGAGGAAGUUCUUCACCCAGUGCGACAUCCUGCCCAAGCCCUUCUGUCAGCUGGAGAUCACGCUCAUGGGCAAACAGGGCAGCAACAAGAAAGCCAACAUGGAGGACAGCAUCGUACGCAAGCUGAUGCUGGACACGUGGAACGAAUCGAUUUUUUCCAACAUCAAGAGUCGCCUGCAGGACAGCGCCAUGAAGUUAGUCCACGCUGAGAGGCUGGGGGAGGCCUUCGACUCCCAGCUGGUCAUCGGAGUACGAGAGUCCUAUGUGAACUUGUGCUCGAACCCAGAGGACAAGCUGCAGAUCUACAGGGACAACUUUGAGAAGGCCUACCUAGACUCCACAGAGAGGUUUUACAGAACACAGGCGCCCGCCUACCUGCAACAGAAUGGCGUCCAGAACUACAUGAAAUAUGCAGACGCGAAGCUGAGAGAAGAGGAGAAGAGAGCACUUAGAUACCUAGAGACACGUCGUGAAUGUAACUCUGUUCAAGCACUUAUGGAAUGUUGUGUGAACGCUCUGGUGACCUCGUUCAAAGAGACCAUCUUAGCCGAAUGUCCGGGGAUGAUCAAACGCAACGAGACAGACAAGCUGCACCUCAUGUUUUCUCUGAUGGACAAGGUUCCCAGUGGGAUCGAGCCAAUGCUGAAAGACCUGGAGGAUCAUAUCCUCAAUGCUGGACUAGCAGACAUGGUGGCUGCUGCAGAGACCAUCACAACUGACUCGGAGAAGUAUGUGGAGCAGCUGCUGACGCUGUUCAACCGGUUCAGUAAGCUGGUGAAGGAGGCGUUCCAGGACGACCCUCGCUUCCUCACGUCCAGAGAUAAGUCGUACAAAGCUGUUGUCAAUGAUGCCACCAUCUUCAAACUGGAGCUGCCAUUGAAGCAGAAAGGUGUGGGUAUGAAGACUCAGCCGGAGUCAAAGUGUCCAGAGCUGCUGGCAAACUACUGUGACAUGUUGCUGAGGAAAACUCCUCUCAGCAAGAAACUCGGCUCAGAGGAAAUCGAGUUCAAGCUCAAAGAAGUGCUCUUAGUGUUGAAGUAUGUCCAGAAUAAAGACGUAUUCAUGCGUUACCACAAAGCUCACCUGACCAGACGCCUGAUUCUGGACAUUUCCGCUGACAGUGAGAUCGAGGAGAACAUGGUGGAGUGGCUGAGGGAAGUCGGGAUGCCUGCAGACUACGUGAAUAAAUUGGCCAGAAUGUUUCAGGACAUCAAGGUGUCAGAGGACCUCAACCAGGUCUUCAAAGAGAUGCACAAACACAACAGGCUGGCACUCCCAGCGGACAGCGUGAACAUUAAGAUCCUGAACGCUGGAGCCUGGUCCCGGAGCAGUGAGAAGGUGUUUGUGUCGCUGCCCACAGAGCUGGAGGACCUGAUCCCUGAGGUGGAGGACUUCUACAAGAGGAACCACAGCGGCCGCAAACUCCACUGGCAUCACCUCAUGUCCAACGGCAUUAUCACUUUUAAAAAUGAAGUGGGUCAGUACGACCUGGAGGUCACGACCUUCCAGCUCGCUGUGUUGUUCGCCUGGAACCAGCGACCCAGAGAGAGGAUCAGCUUUGAGAACCUGAAACUGGCCACAGAGCUGCCAGACGCCGAGCUGCGACGCACCCUCUGGUCCCUCGUCGCCUUCCCCAAACUGAAGAGGCAGGUGCUGUCUUACGAUCCUUCAGUUAAUUCUCCCAAAGACUUCACCGACAGCACCAUCUUCUACGUCAACCAGGAGUUCUCCCUCAUCAAGAACUCCAAAGUCCAGAAGCGAGGGAAGAUCAAUCUGAUUGGUCGCCUGCAGCUGACCACUGAGCGAAUGAGAGAGGAGGAGAACGAAGGAAUCGUGCAGCUCAGAAUACUCCGAACUCAGGAGGCCAUCAUCCAAAUCAUGAAGAUGAGGAAGAGGCUCAGCAACGCUCAGCUGCAGACGGAGCUGGUGGAGAUCCUGAAGAACAUGUUCCUGCCACAGAAGAAGAUGAUCAAGGAGCAGAUUGAGUGGCUCAUCGAACACAAGUACAUAAAGAGGGAGGAGGCCGACAUCAACACCUUCCUCUACAUGGCUUAGGCUGCGAUGGAGGCUGUGCUUCAGGAUCUGUUUUUAACUCCUGGCCUGCGACCGGCGCUUUAGAAACCUGCAAGACGAGUUUGAAGAAGAGGAGAGGGGGGGUGAAGAGGAGGGAGUGUGCUGAAGGACAAGAAUAAGCGUUUUAAUGUUCGUGAGAUGCCAGUGUGUCAUCUGGAGUCAUUUUAAAGCGUAGUGUCGAGUCAUCAGGCUGCGUUUGUCUCUGCCGCCCUCUAGUGUCAGAUCAGAGGAGAAGGACAAUGCUGGGCGCCGUCUGCCGGAACUUCAGAAGAAAAUAAAUAUUGAGACAUUUAAAUGAAGUACUUCCUGCCUUACUUUCAUCAGCAGCCGACUGCAGAGGAGGAGGAGGAGGAGCUGUGAGGAGGACACGCUGAUAUCAAUCCUUUGCUUUCACUUGAUGCCACAGCUGUCGUCUCAGCGGCGGCCAUCUUGCAUCCCUCCUAUUAUCUACGUUGGUCUUAUUUUUGAACAAGGAAGCAACGAGCUGCGAGUGAGGAGUGAGGAAACUACUAUUGAGGAGAAGUGGACACAGACUAGUUCAAACUACCGAGGAGUAUUUUGCCAAAUCGUGUGUGUUUGUGUGCGCGUGUGUGUGUUUGUACGUUUGGGGCUCGGGUGCAUGGUGUGUCUUUUAUUUGUGUAUGUGUGUGCACUUUCAACAGCAUGCUGCUCUAUGACGUUUUUGUUAGUUUUUUUUGUUCAGUGGAGAAAACCUAUGACGAGCUGCCGUUAAUAUGCAGGUAUUUAGUUUUCAUUUUGUUCGUUAACAAAAUCAGGUUAAGUUGAUCAGAAGAUAACACCCCCAAGAGUGUGUGUGUGUGUGUGUGGGUCAGUGUGCGGGACAAUUAUCAAUCUGCAAACUAUUUAUUAUGUGUGUGAAAACCUGUGAGAUUAAAAAGUAGCUGAACGAAUCAAAGACGGA